AUGAGGGAGAGGAAGAAGUGUCGGGUAAAGAAGUCAAUACCUGAGGUGGUGGCGACGGAGCAGAGCUUGGCGGCGGAGCAGAGUUCGGCGCUGGAGCAGUGGGAGACGGCGGUGGAGAUGUCUCCGGAGAAGGUGAGGUGGUCGCCGGUUGAUUGGGAUGAACCGGCGAAGUAG